UGUGACGCACCUCCUCCUCUACUCCUCCCUUUGUCCACCGUGCAGCAAAUUCUUGUUCAGGAGAGUUUCAUAAGGAGUUAACAAUUCAGAGGUCAUGGCUGUCCCCCCUACGUACGUUGACCUUGGCAAACCUGCCAGGGAUGUUUUCACUAAGGGCUACGGUUUCGGUCUUAUCAAGCUGGACUUGAAGACAAAGUCAGAAAAUGGAUUGGAAUUCACCAGCACAGGCUCGGCCAACACAGAGACCAGCAAAGUGGCCGGCACCCUGGAGACCAAGUACAAGUGGGCGGAGCACGGCCUGACCUUCACCGAGAAGUGGAACACCGACAACACCCUUGGCACCGAGAUCACACUGGAGGACCAGCUCACCAAAGGGCUAAAGCUGACAUUUGAUUCAUCUUUCUCACCAAACACAGGUAAGAAGAGUGGCAAGAUCAAGACCGGCUACAAGCGCGAGCACAUAAACGUGGGCUGCGAUGUGGACUACGACAUUAACGGCACGGCAGUGCACGGGGCGGUGGUGGUGGGCUACGAGGGCUGGCUGGCCGGCUACCAGAUGACCUUUGAGGCCGGAAAGAACAGGGUCACCCAGAGCAACUUCGCCGUCGGAUACAAGACCGACGAGUUUCAGCUGCAUACCAAUGUAAAUGACGGCACUGAGUUUGGAGGCUCCAUUUACCAGAAGGUGAACGACCAGCUCGAGACUGCUGUCAACCUGGCCUGGACCGCCGGGAAUAGCAACACGCGAUUUGGCAUCGCCGCCAAGUAUCAGAUUGAUUCCGACGCUGCUUUCUCGGCCAAAGUGAACAAUUCUAGCCUUGUUGGUCUUGGAUACACCCAAACUCUUAAGCCAGGCAUCAAGCUGACCUUGUCCGCUCUCCUGGAUGGCAAGAAUAUUAAUGCUGGCGGUCAUAAACUGGGCAUGGGUCUGGAGUUUGAGGCAUAAAGAGAGCCCUCCCUCAAAGCCCUGAAUAUUUCGUUGAAUCUACCCUCACAACCUUGUGUUUCUCUUAGAUGUGCUAUGGAUGAAUUGAGGUGUUAUUAUAUAAUAAUGUCAAAAUCAUGCAAACGGUUGAUCCUCCAUUGUUGGACUAUAGGUCAAAUUGAAUAUGACGACCCAAGAUUUUUUUUGAAAAGGGAAACAUUGUGUAUUUAGCCAUUUUAAAGAAGGUAGGCUUCACAUGAACCUUCAAAGUAGUUAUUGUGAAAAUGCAUUCUUGUUUUGCCAUCAUCAUGUGAGUAAACACUUAACUUAUUGACCUUCAAGUACCAGAAUCGGGGCAAAUCCUUUCAGUCUGAUUUAAAAAAACUCUCUUCAGGGAGUGAACUUGUGUCCACCAUGUUGGGCCAAAAUAUAUUGUUGAAGAGACACUCAACCCUUUCCAACAUUCCUUUUAUUAUUACUCAGAUAUUCCUUGUCUGGGGAUAUUUAUUUUCACAAACUUAACCUUUCGAUAAGGAAGGGUCUGCAGUCUGUUUACGGAUUAAUACAGCACAGGAUGGUUUUGUUGUCCUUCAUAUAUGCAGCAGUAGAUGCCUGAGGCAUUGAGCCCUUUGGUCUCUGUUUUUGUCAUUCAGUGUGUUUUUUUGUCUCACUCGUCUUUGUGCACUGGAUGUUAACGGAUUUCAUUUCUUAAUUCUUAUACCUUAACCAUGUGACCGUUAAUAUUGUAUACGUUUUAACCUCCUUGUCACACCGAUGGCCAUACUCUUACAAACACACCCUUGCGCUGGGAGGGUGAGAGAAGAUACCUAUGCUGUACUUCAGUGAAUCAAUCCCAAAUGCCUGGUGAAAAUGAAUACAUUUUGAAAUACAAAUGUAGUCUUCCAGUCUUAAAAGUAGGCUCAGAACACUAUGUAUGUGAGAUAUUUGUCGGCCCCCUAAACAAAGUAAAGUAUUUGAACCUGAA